UUUGAAAAUCGCAACAGCGCAACCACAGAAUGGAACUGAUCGUAGAAGAAUACGGUAGCGCUGCACCUGAAUUUCUGCCCCCUGUUGAUCAUCAAUCGGGCCCAUUUUACAACACAACUUUUACCCUUCAUUUACACCUGUACAGGUAGUCAUAAACAGCACAUUGUCAGAAAAAAUGACAUUCAAGAAAACCUCACAGAAGUUUGGACAGUGGGCCGAUCCCAAAACAGGUAGCGUCCAUGGCCUUGGCUUCAAUUCAGAAAUGGAACUGACAGAACAUGAAGCCCUCCCACCCACAAUGAACGGUCAUUCACAAACGGUCGCACAAUCCUCUAUCCUGUCAACAAGUCACGGACAACCGAUGGUUGCUGUUCCACCGGGGUCAAUGAAUAGCAUCACCCAUACCGCAAUGCUCAGUCCACCAAUGUCUCUAUCCAGUCCCUUUGGGUCUACUACCCAACCAGACGCCAGUCCGCACUCGGUUUACUUGCCCCAGACCUCCCUCCAGCUUCAACAACAGUUGAAGCAAGCCCAAGCUCAAGUUCGCUUGUUGGAGGCCGAGUUGAACGUGACAAAACUCCAGGUCACCACAACCAUAGGGAGCAACAAUUCCUCUGAGACUGGAACAGUAAGCGAUACCAUGAAAAACCCCGCCCGGUCGACUGUUGAGCCUCCUUCGUUGGAACAGCCGAAUGUAGCUGAAUUGCAAGGUUGCAUAUCGGGACUUGAAUUGAAUGGUAGCCUCAUGAACGGUGCCGGAGAGGAGUGGACGACGACCGAAUUGCCGAGUCCUCCCAAACCGUCCUAUUUCAUCCCCACCCCUCCAACUGCCAGCAAGGGCCGAGGCUUCUGGAUUGAUCACACAAGCGGGGAGACUCUAAGAUCUCUACACACGCGUUUGGGCUACAUACUCCGCGAAGCCGUCGAGCUACAUGCGCGCUUAGGCGCGUUACUUCCUCAUGGAAUUCCCGGCGCCCCACCUGAAUGAAACCGAAGUGCUGGGGAACAUCCCAUACAUGAACUGAAAUUUCGCCUCGCGCUUAUCCCGACAGAUCUCGGUAGCUCAGUCACAGAAUUAUCUGAUCGACUUCACUGCCAGUGUCUGUUUUGUGAGGCGUACAGAGUGUUGCUUUGACCCUGUGAGUGUACCAAGCCUUUCGUUGUACAGUUCAUGCCCAGUUGGACCAAAAUGUCACCUCUGGUUGAUAUGUACAUGGCGCUCACUACUGCUUCUUUGACUUUCUAGUACUCACCUGUCAUCCACUGCACCUAUAACUAACUAACCCCUUAAGCCUACCCAGUUGCAUCUCAAAGCCAGUUAGAUGAAUGGCAUCCAAACCUAUCCCUUGCCAUCUGAACCUUUGCUUAUCUAACUUUUGAUUUUAUGCAUUUUCUUUUUUCAGUCAACUUUGUCGUACCUUUGUAAGAAGAAAAU